AUGCCAGGACCCGGUCCGACCGCUCACCAGGUCCUAGUCUACUCUGGACCCGGCGUCUCGCCCCUCAGUCUCUCGCACACCCUCCUGACACUGUCCCUCCACCUCCUUCCGCACUACACUGUCCAGCCCGUCUCGGCGUCCCUCCUCUCCUCCGAACCGUGGGAGGAACACUGUGCGCUCCUUGUCAUUCCGGGCGGUCGCGACCUGCCCUACGUCGAGGAACUGUCGCUCAAGACGAAAGCAACAACCCGCAUCGCAGACUACGUCCGCGAUGGCGGGCGUUACCUCGGCCUGUGCGCCGGCGCAUACUUUGCCUCAGCCGAGGUACGCUUCGACGUGGGCGGCACAAAAGAAGUAACGGGAAAGAGAGCACUUGCGUUUUUCCCAGGUACGUGUGCGGGCCCAACGCACGCCGGCUUCGACUACGGGUCCGAGAGCGGGGCAAAGGCCGUGUCACUCAUUGCGCGCGACAAGGUCCUAGACCUCAUCUACUACAAUGGCGGUGGACACUUUAUCAUGCCCGCCCCUCUACCGGGCGUCCAAGUCGUUGCGCGUUACGCCGAGCCGCCGUCGCCUGAUGCCGACAUCGCCGCGGUCCAGAUCACCAGAGGCAAGGGCAAAGCCCUCCUGCUCUCCGUGCAUCCCGAGUAUCCGCUCGAGGACCCUCCCGCCCGUGACGCGAUCUCCAAGCUCCCCGACCCGCCGACCGAGGAGGUCGUCGAGGUGGCCGAGAAAGGCCGCGUCGAGUGGUUCGCCGACCUGCUCGCCGGCCUGGGCCUACACAUCCCGAGCCGGGAGGAGGAACGUGCCGGCGAGGAGGAGCACCUCCUUCUACACCCGACACACCCGUCGCCCAUCUUCGUCCUCUCUCACCCCAAGUUGCCCCAAGUCGCUGCAGGCGUCCUAGAUGCCAAGAACAUCCAGGCCAAACUCAAGCCCACGUCAGAAGACUCCAAGACGCUGCGUGAUGGCAACGACGAGGUCGAGGUCCGUUCGGUCGAUGCCGUUCCCGACGUUGCCAGUUUCCUCGCUAAGCGCCGCCUCACUGAGCCAGAGUACCCUCCCGCAAUUGGGGAACUGUCGCUUGGAGACUCGACGCCAGCAGCCAAGGCACCCGACAUGCACUCGCUGACCAAGACGCUCCUCCUCCCCGGCGCCAAGGAGUACAAUGCGAGCUGGACCCCGCUCUUCAACUUUGACACGUACUGGACCGAGCUGGAUGCGGCGCGCAAACGGUCUGGUCGCGCGACAGGUAUCAUGCGUGAAGGACCAUCUGGCAGUCGACCAGCCCUGGGCGACCUCAUGCUCUACGGCGAGGCUGUAACCAGCACGCAGACGAUGUUAGACCGCAACCCUGUUCUUCUUGCUGGUCUUCCGUCGCCACUCUCAUUCCUCGCCUCGUUCCAGCUCAGCGGUCGCGGACGUGGAAGUAACGCCUGGCUCUCCCCAGCCGGCUGUUUGCAGUGGAGCAUGCUCCUCACCCUCCCAGCGAGCAUGGUCAGCAAAAUGGUGUUGAUCCAGUAUCUCACGGCCUUGGCAGUUGCCGAGGCAGUAGACGAGGACGGGCGGUUGGGCGUGCGCAUCAAGUGGCCGAAUGACAUCUACGCCCAGGCUGAGGGGAUUGGCGGCACCGAGAUCGGGUCGGGCAAGAAAGGCAUCGUCAAGAUCGGCGGCAUCCUCGUCAACACAAACUUUAUCAAUGGACAAUGGCGCAUCGUCGUCGGUACAGGUCUCAACGUCCUCAACGCGCUGCCGACCACCUCGCUGAGCCAGCUGCAUGACCUCCUCACUGAGCGGGCGGCGCGGAGCGGGUCGACCAAGGCACUGCCCCCUCCCCCGACGAUGGAGGGUACGCUCGCACGCAUCAUGAAUGCGUUCGAGGCCAAGUGGGUCCAGUUUGUCGAGGCAGGUAGCUUUCAGCCCUUCAUGGCAGAGUACCACGCUCGAUGGCUCCACUCGAACCAGGAGGUCACCCUCACCACCGUUACCCCGCACCAGCGUCUCCGUAUCGUCGGUAUCACGCCCGAUUACGGUCUGAUGCGUUGUGUGCCGGUGACCGCGAGCUCGAGCAUCUUUGGCCGCGAGGUCGGGAAUACCGAGUACGUCGAGCUGCAGCCGGACGGGAACAGCUUUGAUCUCAUGGCGGGUAUGAUCAAGAAGAAGGUCUAG